GGUAUUCUUGCUAGCUCCGCGUGAAGGCACGUACCUACCCAUGUCACCCGGACGGUCGGUCGGUCGCCACGGUCGUUUUGCGAUUGGCCCCUCAGUUCCCCAAACGCUCUCCGCUUCAUUCUUCUGAUUGAUCCCCACAUUCCCAACAAGCAAAAGCAACUCGAUCUGCAAGACAGCAGCAUCUGAGGAAGCAAAGCAUCCGAUCCAGCCUCCUCCCGGCGCCCCAUGGAUGAAUCUGACGAGCGCGGCAACGGCGGCGGGCAGCACCACGGCUACGAGUGGAAGCUGCCGGCGGCGCUGUCGGCGAACACGACGAGCGUGCACGUGACGGCGCUGGACGGGGUGGUCAACGUGAACUCGCUCUUCACGGUGGCCGUCUUCGUGGGCCUCUCCCUCGCGACCCCCGGCGAGCUGCGCAGCCUCGCCGGCGACCCGUCCUGCGACGCCGGGCCCGACGUGGCGCGGUCCCUGCUGGUCCUCGAGGUGGUCGCCUUCUCCUCCUUCCUCUUCUCCAGCCUCGUCGCGCAGGGCCUCAAGCUCGCGAUCAACCUCAUCAACUCCAAGGACCCCGACGACACGCACGCCCACAUCGACGCCCGCCUGCUCCGGCUCGGGAUGCUGGCCUCCGCCGUGGGCUCCGUCGUCGGCUGCGUCUUCUUGAUGGCGUCCAUGGUGAUGGUCGUGCAGAUCCGGCUGGGCACCCUGGGAUGCGCCAGCAACCGGGCGGCUGCCAAGGCCGCCGCGGGGCUCGUCGGGCUCGUCUCCACCGCCCUCGUCGUGUACAUCAGCACCGUCUUCUACACUUUCACUCACUGAUUGACAGAUUGAUGCCGCUGAUACAUCAGGUUCCAUGGAUCUUGCUUGCGGCUUGCCAGUUGCCACUGUCUCGUUUUUUUUGUUUUUUUUAGCUUUUAGUGGAGUGCCGAGGUGUUUUAGCUGUCUAUGUAGUAGUACAAUGUAUUGUUGCAUCGCCGUGCUAAUUAGAGCUUUGAUCAAA